UUGUUACAGAAGUCUUACCAGCUGUGCUGACCUCCACAAAAAGUAAACAGUAACGUAUUCUUCUCACGUGUUAACAUGCUGUACCUACCAGAAAGUAAGUAACGUUAGCCUCGAGCCGGUAUGCGUGACGACUCGGGAGGAGGACUAUGAAGGUCAGCUGCAGUUCCCCGGACUUUGAAACAUGUCAAUGAUAAGCAGUAGUGUCUGUCGAAACGCCUGAAACCAUAACAGCCCCGCGGUCUGCUCUGUAGCUCUCUAACCGAAAAGAGGUCGAUGGAUUUCCAAAAACUUUGCAGUUUUAACACUUUUAAGCAGUGGUGGAGUCACUACGGUUAUGGGGAAAACUUACAAGACGUGAUUGAGCAGGAGUUCAAACGCACUAAAGGGAUAACAUAUCUGGAUCAUGCAGCAACUACACUGUAUCCAGAGUCUCUGGUCAGAGACUACUUCCAGGACAUUUCAAGGAAUGUGUAUGGAAACCCCCACAGCCAUCACCCCAGCAGUAGAUUGACACAUGACACAGUGGAGAGAGUCAGAUACAGGAUAUUGCAGCAUUUUAACACCACCCCUGAGGAGUACUCUGUGAUUUUCACUUCUGGAUGUACAGCCGCACUCAAAUUAGUUGCUGAGAGCUUUCCCUGGAGUCCGCAGUCUGAGAGCGAGGCUGGGAGUCUCUUCUGCUAUUUUACUGACAGCCACACCUCUGUAGUAGGCAUGAGAGGACUGACUUCUGCCCAGGGAGCAGUUGCCCUGCCUGUCUCCCCUCAGGAAGUGGAAAACAGGGCAAAAGAUGAGGCUCAAGGUGAAAAUGUUAUUUGCCAGACGGCACAUCUUUUCUGCUACCCAGCGCAGAGCAACUUCUCUGGGAGGAAGUAUCCCCUCAGCCAUGUGAGAGGCAUCCAAACGAAACGCCUUUACCCAGCAUGUGACCACCAAGGACGCUGGUUUGUGCUGCUCGAUGCUGCAUCUCAUGUCAGCUGCUCCCCUCUAAAUCUACAGGAGUGCCCUGCUGAUUUCAUUCCCGUCUCCUUCUAUAAGAUGUUUGGCUUCCCCACAGGUCUUGGGGCCCUUAUUGUCCGUCACAACGCAGCAGGCAUACUAAAAAAGACUUAUUUUGGAGGAGGCACAGCAGCAGCUUACCUUUCUGGGGAAGAUUAUUAUGUGCCAGCUGUAAACAUUUCUGACAGGUUUGAAGACGGGACUGUCUCUUUCUUGGACAUUAUUGCUGUCAAUCAUGGAUUUGAAGCUCUUGACAGAAUCACAGGGGGAAUGCACAACAUCCAACAGCACACGUUUGGCUUGGCACGCUACACUUACAUGCUGCUCUCAAGUGUUUGCCAUGGCAACGGGCGACCAGUGGCUCAGAUAUACACCGAAGGCCAGUUUGAGAGUCCAAGCACACAGGGCGCAAUCCUAAACUUCAACCUCAAGGAUUCUCAUGGACAGAUAAUUGGGUAUUCUCAGGUGGACAGAAUGGCCAGUCUGUACAAUAUCCAUGUGCGAACAGGUUGCUUCUGCAACACCGGGGCCUGUCAGUCCUUCCUCGGGAUUAGCAAUGAGCAGAUAAGGAGAAACCUGCAGGCCGGCCACGUCUGCGGAGACAGCCUCGACCUAGUGGAGGGCCAGCCGACCGGAUCUGUACGCGUGUCCUUUGGCUACAUGUCGACAUUUGAAGACUGUCAAAAGUUCCUGAACUUUGUCUCUGAGUGCUUUGUAGAGAAACCAGUCACAGUGGACCAAGUGAGACUAGAGAAGCUAAAAGCGGCCACAGCAGCAUCCCACGGCGUGAAUGAAGAUAUUCCAAUCAGAAUAACGAAUGGAGAAAUAUGUAAAGUAGAUGGGAAGGAGAAGAGUACAGAAGCACUGAGGGGAUUUGGACACCGAGAAUCAAACAGCCAGGGGGGGGCUUAUACUCUUACCAACAUCUACAUAUAUCCUAUUAAAUCCUGUGGGGCCUUUGAGGUCCACAACUGGCCAGUAGGACCGCUGGGUUUACGCUAUGACAGAAGCUGGAUGGUGGUGAAUGGAAACGGCGUGUGUCUGAGCCAGAAGAGGGAGCGGCGUUUAUGCCUCAUUCGCCCCGAAGUCCACCUGCCCUCAAACAAACUGCUCCUGCAAGCAUCAGGGAUGGAUACCAUUUCGGUUCCCCUGGAGAACAACACUCAAACGCACACGAGCUACCGGGUGUGUCAGAGUAAAGUUUGUGGUGACAGGGUGGAGACUGUCGACUGUGGGGAUGAGGCUUCAUCAUGGCUCUCAGACUUCCUUGGGCAGCCAUGCCGCCUGAUAAGACAAAGUCCUGAUUUUACCCGAGACAUGAAGAAGAAGCCGAUUGGAGCUGCCACCACCACAUCCCUCUCCCUGGUGAAUGAAGCUCAGUAUCUCAUGAUCAACCGUGCCAGUGUGGAGCUCAUUCAGAAAGUAAUGAGCAGCAGGCAGGACGACUCAGAGGGCGAUCAGCUUCUUGACACACAGAAUGUCAUUAGCCGCUUCCGAGCCAAUUUAGUCAUCGCUGGAGUAGAACCAUUUGAGGAGGAUAAUUGGCCACACUUGAUUAUUGGCAACACUAGAUUCGUGGUCGCAGGUCAGUGUGGAAGGUGCCAGAUGAUUGGCGUAGACCAGGAGACUGGGGGCAGAACAAAAGAGCCGCUCAUGUCUUUGUCUGCCUAUCGCAACGGGAAGGUCACUUUUGGUGUGUACCUGACCCAUCAGCUACCAGAGGGCUCCACUGAAACAGGCAUCCUCUCUGCUGGUUCCCUGAUACAGACACAGUCCUUGAAGUAGUCAUUUACAACUUGUUUUUAAUCUAUUUUUCCGACAUCUUUUGUCCUAAUCAGUACGUCUGCUCAUCACGUAGUAAAACUCACCUGUCAAAUACUGUGGCGAGUUUCUAUUGAUGCUGCUCUCUUUAUUUGUCUGUGCAGCUCUGGUGGCUUUUCCCCUCUCAAGUGUCCUUUUCACACCAGAGCAUUCAGAUUAGAUUCUAUACAAGUUUGUUUUAAUGGGAAGUGAAAUUCAUUUUCUGGAUAUUUUUUUAAUAUAAAGUUUUUUUAAAUACGUGCAAUAAAGAAGAUGUGAAGUAUUAAGUGGAUGAUAACAUCAUAAGUGUACUGUAUUACUGUUAUUCGAGCCAAAACAUGUCGGACUCGAUGCAAUAAUCGCUGCUCACAUUAAACUUAGAGACAGUUUAUUCCUGUGCGGGAUUAUAUUGCUUUUAAUUCCAAACACCACUGAACACUGUUACUGCUGCUACAAAUCAAUAACAUAUAUUGGUUUAAUGGAAAAAACCUUCCAGGCACUGCGUGCUUAGUAAAUGCUCCAGAAAUGGGGUGGAUACAUUUUAUGACAAAAAGAGUAUACCAUUUAUUCAUUUAUACAAUUUACUUUUAUUUUAGAGUUACGCAGAAAGUGCACAUUAAUAGACAAUUCUGUAAAUGUGCGUGGUGUAGUGAAAGGUCCAAAGCAAACAUAAAAUACAUUUAAACAGGAAUGCCAAUACAUAAACCAUAAUAGAAAGCACACUUCAGGUUAUUUCCUGUUUAAGAUAACAAUGUGUAUUUUCACAGGGACAUUUUGGCCAUCAGAAAUGAUGUGCUCAGAGUGACAUUCUUCUUCCAAAAGUAAUGUUAUGUGCUUAUCUGAUCUGUCAAAGUCUGACAUGUCUUUGUUAUAGAAAUCUGUAAUGGGGCUGCUGUGUGUCACUUGGUUUUGUACUGCUUGUAGCAUGUUCACCUGUACAGUAUGUGCGUGCCCACAUGGGGAAUAGAAAUGACAUAAAAGGAGAGAAUGGUAAUAUAGAGA